GUCAAUGCACACAUCCCUCCGGAUUAUCUUCUUAGGAUCUGUGAGAGACUUGGACCCCUUUUAGACAAGGAAAUCCCACAGAGUGUCCUAGGUGUGCAGACUUUGCUAGGUGUCGGGCGACAGUCUCUAUUAAGGGCAGCAAAAGACUUCAGACAUACACUAUGGAAAGGAUCUGCAUUUGCAGCUCUUCACAGAGGCCGGCCUCCCGAACUACCUGUAAAUUAUGGGAAACCACCAAACGUGGUGAAUAUAAUUUCUGCCAGGCAAUUAACUGGAUGUGGACGUUUCAGCCACUUGUUCCCAACAUCCACGUACCAACACAUGAAAAUGCAUAAGAGAAUUUUGGGACAUCUAUCAUCUGUUUAUUGUAUAGCCUUUGAUCGCAGUGGGAGAAGAAUUUUUACAGGGUCAGAUGAUUGUUUGGUCAAAAUCUGGGCUACAGAUGACGGGCGCCUGCUCUCAACGUUGCGAGGACACUCGGCUGAAAUUUCUGACAUGGCUGUUAACUACGAGAACACGCUGCUUGCUGCAGGCAGUUGUGAUAAAGUAGUCCGAGUAUGGUGUCUUCGAACCUGUGCCCCAGUCGCAGUGCUGCAGGGCCAUUCAGCUUCCAUUACUUCCAUACAGUUCUCUCCAGCAAGGAAAGGAACAACACGAUACCUCACUUCUACUGGUGCUGACGGAACAAUCUGUUUCUGGCAGUGGCAUGCUAACACCAUGAAAUUUAAGGAUCGCCCUGUAAAAUUUGCAGAGAGGUCCAGGCCUGGCGUUCAGAUAUCUUGUUCAUCUUUCAGUUCUGGUGGCAUGUUCAUUGCAACAGGCAGUACUGACCAUGUGAUAAGAAUUUAUUAUUUGGGCUCAGAAUGUCCAGAGAAAAUGGCUGAAUUAGAAUCUCAUACGGACAAAGUGGUUGCGGUCCAGUUCUGUAACAAUGGUGACAGCUUGAGAUUUGUCAGUGGAAGCAGAGAUGGAACAGCAAGAAUAUGGCACUAUCAGCAGCAAGAUUGGAAGAGUGUGGUCCUGGAUAUGGCUACUAAAAUGACAGGAAACAAUGUAGCAUCUGGGGAGGACAAGGUGACUAAACUGAAGGUUACUAUGGUGGCUUGGGAUAGAUACGAUGCCACUGUCAUCACUGCAGUCAACAAUUUCCUUCUCAAAGUGUGGAACUCGUCCACAGGGCAGCUUCUUCAUAGCUUAUCUGGUCACGAUGAUGAAGUUUUUGUUCUGGAGGCCCAUCCGUUUGACCAAAGGAUUGUACUUUCCGCGGGUCAUGAUGGAAAUAUUUUUGUUUGGGAUAUAGACAAAGGAACAAAAAUUCGCAAUUACUUUAACAUGAUUGAGGGCCAAGGCCAUGGAGCUGUUUUUGAUUGCAAGUUCUCCCCAGAUGGACAGCAUUUUGCCUGCACAGACUCUCAUGGACAUCUGCUACUAUUUGGUUUUGGAUGCAAUAAAUAUUAUGAAAAGAUUCCAGAUCAGAUGUUCUUCCAUACGGAUUACCGACCGCUGAUCCGUGAUGCAAAUAACUAUGUGUUGGAUGAACAGACUCAACAGGCUCCACAUCUUAUGCCUCCUCCAUUCUUGGUGGAUGUUGAUGGAAAUCCUCAUCCCACGAGAUUCCAGCGGCUGGUGCCAGGGAGGGAAAAUUGCAAGGAUGAACAACUUAUUCCUCAGCUGGGAUAUGUAGCUAAUGGUGAUGGUGAAGUAGUUGAACAAGUCAUUGGGCAGCAAACUAAUGACCAGGAUGAGAGUAUCCUUGAUGGAAUGAUCAGAGAACUACAGAGGGAACAAGAUCUGAGACUAAUUAAUGAAGGAGAAACUCUUCCAAACCCUCCACUCAAUAGAUCCCACUCUGUUAAUGGAGCUCUUCGAAGUCCAGGUUUGGAUGUUACAUCUCCACCAAAUGUUGGUCUCCGGAGAAGUGGCCAGAUUGAAGGGGUUCGGCAAAUGCAUCACAACGCUCCCCGAAGUCAAAUGGCAACGGAGAGAGAUCUCAUGGCGUGGAGCAGGAGAGUAGUGGUGAAUGAGCUUCCUCCAGGCGUCAGCAAGGUCCAGGAAGAAUGUCGAGCUGCCAAAGGUGAAAUUGAAAUUAAUUUAUAUACUGUUGAAAAGAAGAGAAAGCCAUCCCACACCUUACAGCGGAACGAUUACCAACCAGGAAGUGGAAGGUCUUUGAGAAGAAACCAGCGCAAACGCCAACACGCCUAUCAAACACGCUCCACCAUAGAACACAAUCAGCAAGGAGCAAGUCAAAACGCACGUGCACGGGAAGAAUCAGACAGCUCCUCAGAGGAAGAUGAGACUGUUGGCACAAGUGAUGCAUCUAUGGAUGAUCCUGUGGCAGCAUGGCAAAGUGAAAGCAGUUCCAGUGAUUCAUCGAGUGAAUAUUCUGACUGGACAGCAGAUGCUGGAAUUAAUCUCCAGCCUCCAAAGAGACAAACCAGGCAGGCAGCUCGGAAAAUCUGUAGCAGUUCUGAAGAUGAAAAUAUAAAGGGAGCAAAAGGGCUGGAGCCAAAACGAAGGAAACUUAAACAGCCUAGAAAAAAGAAACCAAGUGGACUGCUUUCGAUGGAAGGCGAACCCAGUGAAGAAUGGCUUGCCCCACAGUGGAUCUUGGAUACUAUACCCCGCCGCUCGCCUUUUGUCCCACAAAUGGGAGAUGAG